AUGAGGAUCGAGACCUGUUACUUUUGCUCGGCGCCGUGCUACCCGUCCAAGGGUAUCACCUUUGUCCGCAACGAUGCCAAAGUCUUCAAGUUCUGCAAAUCAAAAUGCCACAAAAACGUGAGUAAUAAUAUUUCCUGUCUUCUUCUUCUCCGAGAAGGGGGAUCACAAGGUACUAAGAUAAGAUUUUGCAGUUCAAAAUGAAGCGCAAUCCUCGCAAGCUGGCAUGGACCAAGGCCUUCCGCCGCGCACACGGCAAAGAAAUGACCGUCGAUUCCACCCUCGCGUUCGCCCAACGCCGCAACAUCCCCGUCCGCUACAACCGUGACCUCGUGGCCACCACGCUGCAAGCCAUGCAACGCGUGUCGGAGAUCCGCGCUCGAAGGGAGAGGCAAUUCUACACGAACCGCAUGAAGGGCAACAAAGCCGCACAACUGGAAGCGGAUCGGAAAUUGGUGGCGGAGAAUCAGCAUUUGCUGCCACCGCAGUAUCGGGACCAGGUGGAAGAGGUGCUGCAGGAGGUGGAAGCGCAGACGGAAGAGAUGGAAGAGGAAUUGGACGAGUUGGAAUUGGAGGAGCAGGAGAGGCUGAAGCCCGCGAAGAGCGCGUUGAAGCAGAAGAAGAAGCAGCGGCUUGUGAGAGGGAAGGGGGUCGAGGAGACGGAAGAGAUGGAUGUCGACGAGUAA